AAGCUCUGGUGUAGCAUGCUGCUGUCUUGGACAAUCAGCUUUCUCCUGCUGGCCACGGUCAGAGGAAGAGAGAUCUGCUACAAACCUCUUGGCUGCUUUUCUGAUGAAAAACCAUGGGCGGAAAUCAUUCAGCGACCUUUAAAGUUAUUUCCCUGGGACCCCAAGGACAUUGACACCCGUUUUCUUCUGUACACAAAUGAAAAUCCCAACAACUUCCAACUAAUCACUGCCAGUGACCCAGACACCAUCGAGGCCUCAAACUUCCAACUGGAGCGCAAGACACGCUUCAUCAUCCAUGGCUUCAUAGACAAGGGGGAGGAGAGCUGGCUGUCAGACAUGUGCAAGAAAAUGUUUCAAGUGGAGAAGGUGAACUGCAUCUGUGUGGACUGGAGGCGCGGGGCCCGGACAGAAUACACCCAGGCUGUGCACAACAUUCGGGUUGUGGGGGCCGAGAUCGCUUACUUAAUACAAGUGCUGUCGGCCCAGCUGGGGUACAGCCCCGAGGACGUGCACCUCAUCGGCCACAGCCUGGGCGCGCACGCAGCCGCGGAGGCAGGCAGAAGGCUGGGGGGCCACGUGGGCAGGAUCACAGGGCUGGAUCCGGCAGAACCAUGCUUCCAGGGCACGCCUGAGGAGGUUCGGCUGGACCCAUCCGAUGCCAUGUUUGUGGAUGUGAUUCACACAGAUUCUGCUCCCAUAAUCCCUUACCUAGGUUUUGGAAUGAGCCAAAAGGUGGGCCACCUGGAUUUCUUUCCAAAUGGAGGAAAGGAAAUGCCUGGAUGUCAGAAAAAUAUCCUUUCAACCAUCGUUGACAUAAGCGGAAUAUGGGAAGGAACCCGCGACUUUGUAGCUUGCAAUCACCUGAGAAGCUACAAGUAUUACGCCAGCAGCAUCCUCAGCCCCGAUGGCUUUCUGGGAUACCCCUGUGCCUCCUACAAUGAGUUUCAGGAGAAUGGCUGUUUCCCUUGUCCAAGUGAAGGAUGCCCCAAAAUGGGGCACUAUGCUGACCAAUUUAAGGGGAAAACCAGUGCUGUGGGACAAACCUUUUUCCUGAACACAGGAGAAAGUGGUAACUUUACCCGUUGGCGAUAUAAGGUAUCAGUCACACUGUCUGGAAAAAAGAAAGUGAGUGGGUACAUCAGGAUUGCUUUGUAUGGGAGUAAUGGAAACUCGAAACAACAUGAGAUUUUCAAAGGAUCCCUCAAGCCAGAUGCAAGUCACGUGCGUGACAUUGAUGUGGAUCUCAAUGUUGGGACAAUCCAGAAGGUUAAGUUCAUCUGGAAUAACCAUGUUAUAAAUCUCCUCCGGCCCAGACUGGGGGCUGCCCAAAUCACAGUGCAAAGUGGUGCCGACGGGACUGAGUACAAAUUUUGCAGCAAUGACACUGUACAGGAAGAUGUUUUACAGUCUCUUUACCCUUGUUAAAAACGUGGAGCAGCUCUUGUCCCUCUAUCGUAAUAAAUGUUUUAAUGCACUUGG